AUGAUCUCAAUCCUGUACUUUAUGCAGAGGAAAUCAAAAAUCUCGGCCUCUCGAAAGCUCAUGCUGAAGAGCUUGAUGGCAGCCAGGGCUAAAGAGGAGCUGGAGCAAGAGCUGGUAGAAAAAGAGGAGGCGAAAGAAAAGUACCUUGAAGAAAAAACUCCUCCAAUACAAACCAGCGGCAUGUCGUUAGAAGAGCUGCGGACAUUGUGCGAAGAGCUGCAUGCCAAACUAGAUGUGGUAGAUGAGGAGAGAUAUGAUAUUGAGGCCAAAGUCUUGCACAACACCAGAGAGAUUAAAGACCUGAACAUUAAGGUUGUUGACUUGAGAGGGAAGUUCAAGAGGCCCAACUUGAGGAGAGUGAGGGUCUCUGCCGACGCCAUCCUGCGCUCCCUAUUAGGUUCCAAACACAAAGUGUCGAUGGAUCUGCGAGCUAACCUCAAAUCUGUCAAGAAGGAGGACGUAGAAAAGGAGAAGACAGUGGAGGUGAAUGACUGGAGGAAGAAUGUCGAGGCCAUGUCAGGCAUGGAGGGCCGCAAGAAGAUGUUUGAUGCAGCAAAAGGCCAGAUCCAGUUAUAGAGCAGGCAAACAACCUGCGUUCAGAUUGCCUCGAAGAAAAUUAAUACUAUUCACGUCUAAUGGGGUCACAGAGAGUCACUUUUUAUAUUCAGUAUGAUUUUUUUCAAGUAUGAAUUUCUUGCAACACUCAGAUGAAGAAUUCUUUGCGUAAUCUGUCUUGUCACCCUUUUUCUGUGUGUUUGAGUUUGAUAAAAAAAAAAACUGAUUUAUGUCACUUUUUGCAUGUAAUUCUGAGUAAAACUGUCUUUAUGCCACUGCUUGUUCAAGUUAUUAUCCUUUGACUUUUGGUAGACGUGCAUCGAUCCUGCUGACCCUUUAUGGAAGGGUCAAGUCACACACACAACAGGAGCAGGAGGUCAUCUGACUGGACACAUUCAUCUCAUGUCUACUAUUUUAGCAGUACAUUUAUGGAGAGUAGAAGGAAAAUGAUGAAAUGAAAAAUGAUGAAAAGGGAUGCAGCAAAUGUUGUGCUGCGAGGAGUUGUGUUUAUUCUGCAGCUGCAGGUACUUUACAUGGAAGAUGUGCAGCACACACCACAUGGAACUUCAAACAACUGAUGUAUCUGGUGUCAUAAACAUUUAUGUCGAUGCAAUAAAAUUUAUGAAAAAGUAUAACUACAUGACCAAGUUAAUUCCAAAGGAUGAAGUGCAGUGUCCACUUUCUUCUUUACUGAGAAUCAAUGUUGUUGGGA